AUGCCUGAACCGCUCUCGUCACUGUCGCCUGCCAAACAGAACUCCCGAUCGUCUCCCUCUCCGACCAAGCUUGAUUUUCUCCAGAAACCAACAUUAGAAGUUCUCACAUCCCCGUUCAACAUGUCGGGGGCUGCGGUCGCCCAAGCCGUGUCGAUCGAUAGCCCGACCGUUCUGCGGAACACGUCGAACCGUCCCGUAUCCCCCUCUACGCAGAACGAGCCGCCUUCAAGUCCGAGAAAGCCACUGUCCCCAAUAAAAUAUCGUCUGCAGGACGAAGUCAAAUUUGAAAGCUCUCCUCCUGCCUCUCCUGCGGAGCCCACUGUACGAUUCAAUGAAGGCCUGACACGGGCGAUUGACACAAUGCAGAAGGAGGCAGACGUGGAAGAUGACGUCCUGAAUGAGUCAAUCAUGUAUCACGCGCUCGACGAGGAGAAUUCUGCGUCGCCCGAUCGCGAAGAGGAGAGCAAAGGGGAAGCAGAUACCUCAACUGUGAGCACGAACCUGGAAGACAGAGCAAUCCAGGACGACACGGUGGGCGACCUUAGCACCAUUUCUGCCAUUCCUACGGACAUGACCAGGUUUGCAAACCUGAGAAACUCCCCGGCCAAAGCGCAGCCAGACGGUUGGUCCCCGUCGAAACAAUUAAGGACUUCGGUCGUCACCAGUACUCCUGGCACUGCUCAACGUCCUUUGCGACUGCUUUCAAUGUCAAGGCGGAGUACGUCGUCAAACGAGGAGGACGAGGCAACCCCUCGAAGAAACCCCAAUCUCAACGACUCGCCGACUGAUCUUUUGAACUUUACUGGUCAAACAAAUAUUGUGAUUCCUCCGCCGGCGUCUGCGUCGCGUCCAAUCAGAAGAAGUCCGUCUGGCAGAGGAGGUUUCCCCAUCAAAGUCAACCCUAGUCCCAUACAUCGAUCACAAGCUUCGGUACAUCGCGAACGAGCUUCAGGCCGCUCGCCACAAAAGCAACACCAAGCUCUUUUUGGGGACAGAGCGGUGCCAUCGACGCCCGCUGGUCAGAGACACAGUAUGUACGGUGCUGCGUCAGGCUUGGGUAUGGAUUUGUUGGACAUUGACCUUGAACCGAUGGCGACUCCACGCUCGAUCCCCACUAUCACGCCUCGGGAGCUGGAGACACUACGGUCGGAGCUUCAGUCGCGGAUAUCAGGUCUCGAAGCGACUCUGUCUGGAAAGGAGGCUGAAGUCAUGGCGUUGAAGCGCGCUGUCACAGAUGCUGAAGUGCGGGUGGGCAAGACAAGCGAGGAGCUUCGCAACGAGCGAGCUACUCGUGAAGAAGUGGAGCAUGCAAAAGAGGACUUGGAGCGCCGGACUCGAGAGAUGGAGGAGGUCCUUAGGGAGGUCAAACAGAACAUCUUUCUCGAAGAACGUGAAAAGGAGAAACUGCGAAAGCAGGCUGAAGAGGCAGAACGGAAGACGGAAGAACACGAAGUGCGGAUCCUGGAGCUACAAGCGUCCCUCGAUACUCUUCGCUCUGAGCGUGUCAAGUCCACAAUGAGCCCGGAAAAGACCGACGCCCCCGCCACUCCCGGCAUGAGUGCUGAUAUCGAUUUUGCGGUCAAGGACGCCACAGAAAAAGUGGCUCGAGAGUUGCAUGCCCUGUACAAAGGCAAACACGAGCGUAAGGUGGCCGAUCUCAAGGUGAGCUAUGAGAAGCGGUGGAUCAAGCAGGUGGAGCAGCUUCGGGCCGAACUGAAGGCGUCCCAGGACGAGGUGCUCAGACUGCAGACGGAAAAGGAAGCAACAAUGAGCGGGGUCAUUCCAGGCCAAAGUGAAGCCAUUCACAAGAUGGAAGGCCAGAUUGAAGAACUUCGACGGUGGAAUGAGGAGAACAGCGCUGAGAAGAAGAUGCUGGAGGCCGAGACGGCAGGGCUUCGCAGCCAGGUCGAAUCACUGACCUCCGAGACCGAGUCAUUGCGCAAGGAAAUCGAACAAGAACGGGUUGAGAAAGGCGAUCUAGUGGCCCAGGUUGACUUGUUCCUCGCAAUAAGCGCCCAACAAGAGGAGCAGCGUGCCAUUCAACAGCCUCAACAGCCAGUCAGUCCGCCUCGCAGUGAGGACGGGAAUGGAAGACCAAACUCGGCGUCGGCAGUGGCCAGUCCACACAAGUCCCGGAAUAGCUUAAACGGUGCCGACCCCAGAAGCGGCUUGCCGGGCAGAGCUCGACCUGUGAGUAUGCUACAGAAACCGACCGCUGGCAAAUAUUCUGGGAUUCCGGCACCUGGAUCUGGCCUGAAAGCGCCGUCAAGCAAGUCGGCUGGGUACGGCGGGCGGAUCAUGGAAGGCAUUGCACGAAUGGGAGCAGGUGGGAGAUGA